AUGCCUCAGCCAUCACGCCCAGCCCUCACAUCUGGCGCAGUCGACGCCCGAGCCUUUGUGCAGCCACUCAGCCACCCGGCUCGGCGCAACGCCUUGCCGGGAAUUGUGUGGCAGAAUCUCGACCCGGUGACCAUGUCGCGCCUCGGCGUCGACCUCAUACGCGAAGAAUUGGCCCGUCGACAGCUGGACAUCACAGGUUCGAAAGAGGAGCUCUUUCAGCGUUUGCAAGCCGACAUUCAGCAGCAGCGUGAAGCUACCCCGUCGGUUGAAACGAAUGACUCCGCCUCGACCGCUGCGGCGCCUUUAACGCUGGACCCAGCCACUCUACAGAGCCUCGCCAUGCUGUUCCAGCAGCUACCUCGCCCUGCAACAACGGUGACGACACUACCAGACCUGUCAUCGUCCAUUCCGCAGUUUGCUGGUUUGCACAGCCACAGUGUCAAUACAUGGCUUGACGACGUGCGACGAGUACAGCAGCUCGCCUCGUGGGACGACGCCACCACACGCCUGAUCGCAGCUAGCAAGCUGAAAGGCACGGCGCGAGACUGGCAUCUCGCGUUCGGCAACCAGUACAGCACCUGGGCCACGUGGAGUGCCGCCCUGAAAGACACAUUUUGUACAGAAUUGUCCCUCAUCGAGUGGCAAGAGCAGGUCAUGAGGGUAACCCAGGCCCCGUCCGAAAGCUUGCACCAAUAUGCCUUUGCCAAGUUGAAGAUCAUUGAGCGUUGCCCCGUUCACCUCUCGGAGGCCCAAAAGAUUGACUACCUGCUGCAUGGUUUACGGGAACAACACAUCAUCGCCGCCAUAGCAGCCAACCGGCCGCCCACGGUAGCUGAGUUUAUUUCUACCUGCACUAGCCUCGACAAGAGUGCGCAACAUCUGCACGCCAAAGCAAGCCCGUCACCAUUGGCCGGUUCUGUGUUGCCGCCGACGCAACCCUUUCGUGCCGCUAAGCCCGCAGAGCGACAGCAGCCUCGCUCAGAACAAUCGACACCACAGUCCUCCCGAGGGGCCACACCAAAAGCGCGCAUUUCAGAGCUGCCCACCGAGCAACAAGAAGCUACUUAUGCAGCUAUUUCGGCACAGUACGGCGCUCCAGCUUUUCGUAGUGGUCAAGACCUGUCUCAAGCUGUCUGCUACCAAUGUCAUGCCUUGGGUCAUCUGGCAUCCAAGUGUCCUACGCGCACCAGCCGCUUAUCAUCAUCAGCGCCUCCAACCAUGCCAAAGACACAGCAGCCUCCAGCACUGCACAGUGCACCCGUUACACUUGACGGCUCACAGCAGCAAUGCGCCUUCUUCAACGCAACUCUCAGUGGAGUCGGUGAAUGUGAAGCGUUUCCUGACUCUGGGUCCAAGGUGACAUUAAUCUCUAAAGCUCGUGUGCCUGCAAGCAUGAUCAUCCCAUGGACCGAGCCUCCACUCGUGGUGGUAGGAGGAAGCACAGUGCUACCUGUUGGUGCUGCAUUUUUGAAGAUAUCCAUUGGCCCAGCCACAGGAGUUGUUGAAGCUGCUGUUUUGGAAGAUAAUGUACUUCCCCUCAUUAUAGGCCCAGUUCCAAAGACUGCCUACAACGCCAACUACGCCCAAGACCACUACGCCAACGUCCGCGACACCAAAGCCCACCAUGCCAAUGCCCACGACACCAAAGCCCACCACGCCAACGCCCACGACACCAAAGCCCACCACGCCAACCCCCACCACGCAAACGCCGACCACGCCAACGCCCGCGACACCAAUUCCCACCACGCCAACUACCACUACGCCAAAGCCCACAACGCCAUCGCCAACUACAACAAAGCCCACCACGCCAAAGACAACCACGCCAGCGCCCACCACACCGAAGCCCACAACGCCAACACAAACUACGCCAAAGCCCACUACGACAAUUGCCACGACGCCGACACCCACUACUACCACGCCAACAACAACGCAAGGCACGACUGCUAG